CUGACCAAGUGUUGGGAAACGCCGCCCUCUGCAGCACCAGCUCGAGCGUUCUUUUUUCGCUGAAAAUGUAAAGAAAACUGCAUUUAAGUGCAUUUAAAGCGAAGCAAUCAGCCUGGAAAAGCCUUUGUUGUGCAAUCGCAUAGUCAAUAAACAGCCACACCCAUGUUGACCGAAGCCCCCAUGGCCAGCGAGAACAUCAUGGACGAACUAGCCUCUCUGAUACGCACCGAGAUCCCCGACGGCCGCCAGAGUCUGCGGGACAGCUACACGAACCUGGAGCGGGUGGCCGACUACUGCGAGGACACCUACUACCGCGCGGAGAACAAGAAGGCGGCCCUGGAGGCCACCAAGAACUACACCACCCAGUCGCUGGCCAGCGUCGCCUACCAGAUCAACACGCUCGCCUACAGCUACAUGCAGCUCCUCGAGCUUCAGGCCCAGCAGCUGGGCGAGAUGGAGUCCCAGAUGAACCACAUCGCCCAGACGGUGCACAUCCACAAGGAGAAGGUGGCCAGGAGGGAGAUCGGCGUGCUGACGGCCAACAAGGUGAGCUCGCGCCAGUUCAAGAUCGUGGCGCCCAUCAAUCCGGAGAAGCCCAUCAAGUAUGUGCGCAAGCCCAUCGACUACUCGAUGCUGGACGAGAUUGGCCACGGCAUCAACUCGGCCUCGCACUCGCAAGUGCGGCAAAAGCAUCGGGGCUCCAGCCAUGGGUCCGUGCAAUCGCUGUUGCCCCCUUCGGUGGGUCCGCCGCCGACCACGAAGCCCCCGACUCCGCCGCAGAUGUCGCGGGCUGGAAACACCGGCACCCUGGGCAAGUCGGUCAGCAAUACUGGGACGCUGGGCAAGAGCUCGCGGGAGUACCGCACUCCGCCGGUGGUCAAUCCACCGCAGGUGCCCUCGCACUACGCCCCCAACUAUCCGAUUGGUCAUCCCAAGCGCAUGUCGACGGCCUCGUCCACGAUGACCACCACCACCACGGGCGGUGGAGCGGCAGGCAAUGAGCGGGCUGCUGGGUACAGUGCACUGCCGAUGCCACCCAGCCAGCAGAUAGCCACCCAUGUGAACCUGCCGUCCGCGGGCAUGAUGCAAUCGCUGCCACCGCCGCCACCCACAACGUACGACGAUCGCAGCAGCAUGCCACCAGCUCCCCCUUCACCGCUAACGGUGUCGCAGCACGAGAUGACGGAGCAGAGUCACAUUGGCAUGCACACCUUGGGACGCAACAUCAACAGGAAUCCAAAUCGAAAUCAUUUCAGCUUGAACUUUGCUCGUCCCGGCUCCCAGUCGCCGCCCUUGCCGCCUCCGCCGCCGCCGGAGGAUGAGCACCAGGACUUUGGGCGACCACGCACCUCGACGGGACCGCAGCUGGCGCCCAUAGUGCCCGAGGAUCAGAACUUGCCCGGCUGGGUGCCCAAGAACUUCAUUGAGAAGGUGGUAGCCAUUUACGACUACUAUGCCGACAAGGACGAUGAGCUCAGCUUCCAGGAGAGCUCGGUGCUGUACGUGCUCAAGAAGAACGACGACGGUUGGUGGGAGGGCGUCAUGGAUGGAGUGACCGGCCUGUUUCCGGGCAAUUACGUAGAGCCCUGCGUCUAAGCCUCGCCUCGAUAUUCUAAACAUGCCAACCAUUACAAUAAUCUGCAUUAUCUGGUCUGUUCCAGUCCUCCGCUGCUUCUCAAGAACCUCUAAGACAUAAUUUCAAUGAUCAAGGACGGUUGUGAGGACAACUGAGGACCGCAACAGGCUCAGCUGACAAUGACGAUAACAUUUUGAGCAUAUUGAUAAGGACAAUUAUACAAUUACACACCCAAACAA